AUAACCCUCCCACACAUUAGUCCUAAGCACUCCCAAAAACCAAAAAAAAAAAAAAAAAAAUUGUAAAAUGGAUUACUUCCAAUCCCAUUCCCAUACUAGAAAACACCCUCUAAAAUGCAACAAGAGACUAACACAAGAACAGGUCAGGCUCCUCGAAACAAGCUUCAACUUCAACAACAGGCUCGACCCUGAUCGCAAGUCACAGCUAGCCGAAGAGCUCGGACUCCCACCAAGGCAAGUUGCGAUCUGGUACCAGAACAAGCGUGCCCGAUGGAAGAACCAGAGUCUUGAGGCAGACUACAAGUCACUCCAUGAAAAGCUAGAGAAUGUGUUGGAAGAUAAUGAAAGGCUUCAGAGGGAAGUUGAGAGGCUUAGACAAGAGUUGGACAAGGCUCAAGACAUGUUGCUCUCAUUCAACAACAUGAAUAAUACGACUAAUAACUCUUCAUUGUCAAACUCUUGUGAUGAAGUUGGAAGCUCAAGCUUCAUUCAUGAUCAUCAUCAUCAAUCCAUCAUCAAAGUGGAUGAUCAUGAUCAUCACUUGGAUAAGGAGCUCUAUGCUUGUUUGAUUGAUGGCAACAAUUUCUUUGCUCCUAUUUCUUGAUGAAUUCUUGGUGGUGUUGUACCAUGUGGGUGUGGAUCCGUAUACUGGUUCAAUGGUCCACACCCACAUGGUAGGGCUAGACUGGGUGGUAUGCAUAUUAUUUUUGCAAAAAUUUAUCUAUGUCUUUCAUAUUAAUUAGCAUUAAUGAUAAUGUUCAUACAUUACUUAUCAAGUAUUGUAUAUACAUCUCAUAAAAAAAAAUAAAUAAAUAAAAAAUACAAAACAAAAAAAACAGUCUCGUAUAUAUAUAUAUAUAUAUAGAGAGAGAGAGAGAAGAUUGAGAUACUCUCCCAUUGGGUUUUUCAAGUGAAAGUAGUUUAGGUCUUGGUAAGCUCAUCUCAGGACCUACAUCAAUAAUAUAAGUUAUUUAUCUUGUAAAAUCUUCUAAGUAGAUUAUCUAUAUAUAAAAAGGAUAAUGUUUGAGAGCUCGAAAAUUGGUCCCCGAAUCCCCCUAAUGCCCAAAACGAUGUCGUUUUGGGCAUUAGCUUUUUUCUUUUUUUUUUUCUUUUUUUUGCUUCCAUUUUCAGUUGUGCAGAGCCGAGGAACGAGAGGCGAGAAAGAGGAGAGAAAGAGAGAAAGGGAAGAGGGAAUGGAGAGGGGCCCUCCUUGCCGCCGCCGAUCGGCCGAUCGUCGAGCAGCUCCGAUCGUCGCAGCAGCAGCUCCGCUCGCCUCUGCCCGAUCGUCGCAGCCCCGCCUCGCCUCCGCCUCCACCCCUGCAUUUGCCCCCUGCAUCUGCCUCCGGCCCCCGCCCCCCCCUCCGCCUUCGCCCGCCGCAGCUGUCUUCUUCUUCCUCCUCCUUCUUCUCUUCUUCUUCCUUCUUCUUCUUCGUUCUUCUUUCUGCUUUCUUCUUCUUCUAUUCUGAUGGAAAAAAAAAAAAAUUUUCAAACGAUAAAAUGAUGUCGUUUUUUCUUUAGGGGGAUUCGGAGGCAGCUCCUUUCGAGCUACGUAGCAUGAUCCAUAUAAAAAAUUAAAAAUGAUUGGUAAUUACAAGAUCAAAUUACAUGUCUUCAAAAAAUUAGCAAUAAGUAUAAUUUUGUUAAUUGAUUAUUAUUAUUAUUAUUAUUAUUAUUAUUAUUAUUUUGAAUAUAAAUAUAAUAUGAUCAUCUCAAUCCAUAUUGAAAUGUUGUACAAAAAAAUGGAUGAUGGAUUAAAGUUUGAUAGUAUACGGGUAGUGUAUGUAUGUAUAUAUGUCGAAUUAAUUUCAUGUCUGCAGACAGAAUUAACACUGUAGAAGCUAUGUUAUAAGAUUGUAAAUUUGUAAUUAAAAGUUAUAUAUUGAUGUGGAUCGCAUAUGA